GUAUCACUGACUUACUGACUGAAAUACAGUUUCAACAAAUGUGAAGUGUCAAAAUUGCAUCUAAUCAACAUGCGCAUUUGCAUUCGACUAGUUGCAGUUUUAACUGCCAUAGCGAUCGGAGCAUAUGGUUUCAAUCUAGAUGUUAAGUUCCCAUUAAAAGCAUCUGGAAUACCAGGUUCCUAUUUCGGAUACAGCCUGGCCGUCCACGAGCAUAAUGCUGUUAAAUGGUUACUUGUUGGGGCACCAAGAGGACUUAAUCUUAAUAAUUCAGAUGUGUCGGGUGCUCUGCAUCAAUGCCAAACACGCGGAGGGGAUAUAAGCUGCACACGAUUUACCAACUUUCCCACAGAUAUGGAAGCAGCUAAUCAAUGGCUUGGUGCCUCGGUAGUUAGCAGAAACGGAACAGCUAUGGUAUGCGCUCCGCGCACUGGAGAAAAGGUGACGGGGGAAUGCUUUUAUGGCCAAGGAAGUCUGCCUUCCUUUACAUCUUAUAUGCCUUGGAAUGAGGCUUUUUGUGAGGUGGGUUUCUCGGCUGCCUUAUCGUCAGAUGGAAAACGAUUUUACACUGGAGGGCCAAGUUGCGACUUGAACGCUGGUCGAUUGAUUGCAUCUACUGGUCCCGAUGAAUCCAACCCCGAUUUACUAAGCGGAGAUCUUGCCUUUUAUGCUUACGCAAUUGCAGCAGGAAAUGUGUUAAAUAAACGUGAAGGGCUCGUAGCGUCAAUAGGAUUUCAUCAAAAUUCAAGAUUUUCGGGAAAAGUAGUUCUUAUAGACUCUCUUGCAGGGCUUCGACCGGUAAGCAAUUUGGUAGGAUAUCAAUCCGGAGAACAUUUUGGAGCAUCAUUGGCCGUAUUUGAUAUAAAUAACGACGGACGCGAUGAUAUCGUCAUCGGAGCACCUCAUCACACGGAUUACAAAAAUUCUGAAAUCAAAUUUGACGUCGGCGCUGUCUAUGUGUACUAUCAAACACCGAAAGGACUCUAUCAAAGAGGAAGUCCUUAUGAGCUUCUUCUAAAAGGACAAACAACUGGCGCUCAAUUUGGAUUCGCAGUGGCCGAGCUGGGCGACACGAACGGGGACGGAAUUAAAGAUUUGGCCGUCGGGGCUCCAUAUGAGAACGAUGGAUCAGGAACAGUUUACAUUUAUCACGGAUCGGAUCUUGGUCUCCGAAGUAAAGCAGGGCAAGUCAUUCACGGACACUCGUUUAAUCCGCCAAUUCGCUCUUUCGGUUUUUCUUUUGUUACGGGAGGUAAUGAUUUUGACCGAAACGCCUAUAGUGAUUUAAUAGUUGGUGCCUAUCUGUCUGACAAGGUCGUUAACCUCCCUGCUCGACCGGUCGUGAAAGUGCAAAGUGAAAUCAGUUUCGAUCCGGCAUUUAUUACGUUAGAAAAGAAAGAAUGUCAAGUUCCAUCAACGACAACUGGUAGCUCGCCUGUAGCCGUAUCUUGCGCGAAACUACGAUAUUGUUUAGUUUACGGCGGCACAGGCGUUCCCGGCAACAUUAAUACAAACAUCACCGUUAUAUUGGACGUCAAACAGCCGAAAGCAAAUCGUUUACUCUUCAUGAAAACUAACGAUAACCGAUUGACAAAAGUUAUCGGUUUAACUGAGAAAAACAAACUUUGCCAGGAAGAAAUGGUAUACGUUCGGCCAGAUAUUCGUGACAAACUGUCAACCAUGGAUGUCAAUUUAGUGACUAGUUUGGUUGAAACUCCUGGGCCACUUUCGGCUAUUCUGGAUAUUUAUGAAGGCAAAGGAUCCAGCUCCAAUUUUCUGUCAAUAUUCAGAGAUUGUGGAUCGGAUCUUAUUUGUGUUCCUGACUUGCAAAUGAAAGCUGUCAUGAGCAGCGAAACGUAUAUUCAAGGAUCGGAUGAACGCUUGACUAUCGAUGUGGAAAUCCAUAACGACGGUGAGGAUGCUUUCGGUGCCGAUUUCUACCUUCAUUUACCACCUGUGCUCAGUUUCAUCAACACGGAUAAAGAAUAUACUGAUCAGUCAAUCUUGUGCUUCCCUCCCGGUGAAAUUAACGGUCUCGCUUUGCGAUGCGAGGUGGGGAAUCCGCUACCCGCUAUGAAAACCGCCCGGUUACGUGUAAUAUUGCAACCCACUCCCGGAGACGACGCCUUUGUCUCCUUCCUUGCCGAGACAAACAGCACAAACAAAGAAGAUGACAGCACGAAAAGCGAUAACAGCGAACUGCUACAGCUAACUUUCAAGGCUGAAACAAAACUGGCACUCAGCGGUUGGUCUAGACCAGAAGCGUUAGUUGUUAACAUGACGGCUCUACAGCUGAACGAAAGUACAGCACUACCUCAAUAUACACAAUUUUACGAAGUGCAAAAUGUAGGUCCUUCAGACGUUAUCGGUGCAAAAUUUCGAAUCGUCACACCCACGCACACACCAGAAGGAUACGCCAUAAGCGAGUUAACAGCUCAACCGACAGUGACCGAAGGAAAUGCCAAUUGCGAUCCUGUUCAACUCACAUCUAACCCUAACGUAGGAGUCAUAAAUAUCGACUGUGUCACGGAAAAAAUGAACAAUAGCGAGCGGAUUGUUAUUCGACUUAACGGUCGACUGUCUUCAGAAGCCCUGCUUAAACAACUGAAUACUGAUAUUUUCACCCUACGCACGGUGAUGACAGCCAAUAUAAUUGGUUUGCCUUACGGACAAGACGGUUCGCAAAUUCCGGUGGUUAAAACGGAAGUCGUGGUUAAUGUAACAAAAAUCAAAAAAGAACUAAACGUCCUAAAAGCUACUCCUUGGUGGAUCCCGUUUGUCAGUGCAGUUGUUGCUGUGCUAGUUGCGGCUGCCAUAGCUGGGGUUCUACAUCGCCUUGGAUUUUUCAAAAGGAAUCGUCCGAUGCCAAUGACAGCAACUCUGGCGUCAGGCCCUGAAAGCCAACCUUUGCAAGAAACGGGUGAGAAUCCCAAACGACCAAUGUCCGAAAUGGACAACAUGGUAGACGAAGAAUCCUCGUAGAUGGGUUUGGACAUACAAUCCUGAAUAAACGAGUGAUACCAA